GUAAAGUUGCGCACGAUGUUAAAAUCCCGCCUUUCUCCGAUACAAUUUCGGUGGCUCCAAAAUCAAUAUCCUCACCACUUGCUUUGAACGAACGUUUCUUAGGGAAUUCAAAGUCCAUUAUGGUGCCAAGUGUUUUAGAGAUUGGAGUGCAGGGCCCGUCCUGCGACACUUGACUUUAUAAAGUUCCGACUUUCUUAGGGCCUUAUCUCCAGCGUUGACAUCGAGCUGUAUGCCAUCCAUGCCAGUACCCCGCACAUACGAUGCCAUCCUUACUUUGGUUCUCUUCCUACUUUCCAAUCUUGCUGUGAUAUUCCCUUUUCGCAUACCCGUCCCACGCAUCUUUGUCUCCUUUCUGCGUGAUUGUCUAGUUUACUUGUAUGUUCUUCCAGUGAAGUCGAAGCCUCCUAGAAGAGUAUACGUCCAUGCCGACUACAUCACAGUCCCGCUCUUCUCUGUCUUGCUACUUCUAGCUACACGAUCGAUGGACGGCUCUACCAUUCGCAGAGGUGUUUUAGGUGCCGACGGUGUUGAACCUCUCAGCAUUCUGGCCCUAUUUCUUUCGCUGGCGUAUAUCUCAAUAUCUUUAGAUUUCACUGGCCUAUUCCGUUUCUCAGCCUUCUGGGUUGCUCGUAGAGGAGGUACUUCUGGACCACGGCUGUACCUCUAUCUCUAUCUGUUUUUCCUCGUAUCUGGUAUAAUUGUUGGAAAUGAUCCCGUCAUACUAUGUGGUACGCCAUUCCUAGCAUAUCUGACUAGGGUAUCAGGCAUCACUCCUCCCACUGCGUGGAUAUUCUCGCAGUUCGCUGCUGCGAACAUGGCGUCCGUUGUUCUCGUCUCCUCAAACCCAACAAACCUAGUUUUGACGGGUGCUUUCUCGAUAUCCUUCGUCUCUUAUUCCGCCCACGUUAUCCUUCCAUUCCUAGCCGCAGCAACCUUCGUCUUCCCAGUUCUCCUAUUUGGCCUAUUCCGCUCUCCUCAACUAAUUCCAUCCUCACUGAAUCUGGACCUCAGCGGCGACGAGAAUGAAUCUGCCUUGGUGGACAAGAAAGGCGCAGUUUUUGGUAGCGUGUUGAUGUUGGCGACUCUGGCUCUUUUAGCUGGCACGAGUACGAUCCAUGUACCGGUUUGGCAGAUCACCGUUCCCGCUGGUCUCGCUAUGAUGUUUCGAGACAUCUAUCACGAUUGGUCAUACAGUCGAACUCUCAGGUCGCAACGAGCCGAGACACCAGGUACCUAUGAGCUACAAGAAAUUCCUACUUCCAAAGGCAAAGGCGACUCGGAGCUUCGAGAAAUCCCUGCCUCCUCCUCACCCUCCUCACCGGAUUUACGCGAGUCAGCGCGCUUCGAUCUCGCAAGCUUCGUUCACAAGUGUUCACUCAGACUAUCUGCACAAUUCCCCACUGUUUCCGCGGUCUUCCCCCGACUGCCCAUCCCAGUCCUGCCUUUUGCCUUCUUGAUGUUCAUCCUCAUUCAGGGGCUUUCGACCAAAGGAUGGAUUGAGUUGUUUUCCACUUGGUGGGCAGCUUGGGUUAAGCAGACAGGACCAUUGGGUGCUGUUGGUGGUAUGGCCUUCAUCUCUUGCCUUCUCUGUAACUUCUGUGGCACGAACAUCGGUGCAACCAUCCUGCUAGCUCGGAUAAUCCAGUUAUGGGAAUCACAAAGCGACAACAUGGUUGACCCUCGGACGAGAGACGGUGCAAUUUAUGCAUUAGCGAUAGGUUCGAACUUCGGAGCGUUCACAAUCACCAUCUCUGCGUCACUAGCUGGACUUCUCUGGCGAGGUAUCCUACGUCAGAAAGGCAUUCGCAUUCGACCUAAACAGUUCCUUCUCCUGAACCUCCCGAUCUCCUUCGUUGCAAUGCUGGUGUCAUGUGGGGUUCUAGCUGGAGAAAUGUUUGUGAUUCAUCGCAACGAUCGUAAGGAAUAGAUCCUGUAGACUACGUAGUACUAACCAUACGACAUACCACUACGAGAGAGUGCAAGGAGAAGCAGUGAAGCAUAGCAUCAUAGCAGGUGAAUGUAAACAAGAAGGCUACUACAGUAUACAUAACUUACAACAAGAAAACAUGUUCGUGGAUUAGGUCUAAUACAAGAAAUUAUAUCCGCCAUUCCGCAAAGAACUCCAUAUCGGAUCGAACAAAUGAGAGCAUAUACUCCACCGUUGUGCCUCCCUCCUCUUCUUCCUCCUCCUCCUCUUCCUCCUCAGCAUUAGGUUCCAGGUCAGUUUGAUCAA